AUGGUCGAGACACGCUUCUCCAAGUUCCUGCAGAAACUCGGCUUCUCGGGCGCGGACCAUCAGUACGAGCCGCUGGAGACUGGCGAGUUGGAAACCUUGUGCGAUGAACAAUAUGAAUUGAAAGCAAUUGAAAAAGAGAAGACAGUGAUCGCUCUGACACCCAGGGAGGCCAGCAAAUACAGCAAAGUGGAGUUGGCCAAAGCAUUUUACGUGGACUUUGAGAAAGGGCUGUCGGAGUUCUCGGUGAAACAGCGCAGGCUGGUGCACGGCUGGAACGAGUUCGUCACUGAGGAGAGUGAGUCCGUGUGGAAGAGGUACCUCCAACAGUUUAAGAACCCCCUGAUCCUGCUGCUGCUGGGCUCUGCCUUGGUGAGCAUCGUCACGAAGAAUUACGAGGACGCCAUCAGUAUCACCAUGGCCGUGGUGAUCGUGGUCAGUGUCGCCUUCAUCCAGGAGUACAGGUCGGAGAAGUCUCUGGAAGAGCUGACCAAGCUGGUCCCUCCUGAAUGUAACUGCAUAAGAGAUGGAAAACUCCAGCAUCUGUUGGCACGAGACCUGGUUCCCGGAGACAUCGUGUCUCUCUCGAUGGGAGACCGGAUCCCCGCAGACAUUCGUCUCACUGAGGUCACAGACUUCCAGGUAGAUGAGUCCAGUUUCACGGGAGAAGCUGAGCCAUGCAGUAAGACGGACAUGCAGUUGACAGGCGAGGGGGACCUCACCAGUCUGAGAAACAUUGUCUUCAUGGGGACCCUGGUUCAGUAUGGGAACGCACAGGGAGUUGUGAUCGGAACAGGGGAGCAUUCUCAGUUCGGAGAAGUGUUCAAGAUGAUGCGGGCUGAAGAGACACCCAAAACGCCUCUGCAAAAAAGCAUGGACAGUCUGGGGAAACAGCUGGCACUUAUCUCAUUCUGUAUAAUUGGUGUAAUCAUUCUCAUUGGCUGGAUGCAAGGGAAGCCCCUUCUCAGCAUGUUCACGAUCGGGGUCAGCCUGGCUGUGGCUGCCAUUCCAGAGGGUCUGCCCAUCGUUGUCACAAUCACACUGGUCCUGGGAGUACUACGGAUGGCCAAGAAGCAGGUCAUUGUGAAGAAGUUACCGAUCGUGGAGACUUUAGGUUGCUGCAAUGUUAUCUGUUCUGAUAAGACAGGGACUCUAACCACCAAUGAAAUGACUGUCACCCAACUUCUAACGUCUGAUGGGCUCCGUGCAGAGGUCAGCGGAGUUGGGUAUAAUGGCGAAGGGAUAGUCUGUCUUCUACCAUCAAAGGUGGUCAUUAAGGACUUUUCCAAUAUCUCAGUGGGGAAAUUAGUGGAGGCCGGCUGUGUCGCCAACAACGCUACCCUCGGAGAGCACAGCAUGGUGGGACAGCCCAUGGAAGGUGCCUUGCUCGCCCUGGCAAUGAAGAUGGACUUAAGGAACAUUAAAGAUUCCUACGUGAGGAAGAGAGAGAUCCCCUUCAGUUCGGAGCAGAAGUGGAUGGCAGUCCAGUGUCAGCCCAAGAACGAGGAACAGGAAGACAUUUACUUCAUGAAGGGGGCCUUUGAAGCAGUGAUUCGUUACUGUACCACGUACAACAAUGGGGGCAUCUCCUUGCCACUGACACCCCAGCAGAAAUCCUUCUGGCAGCAGGAAGAGAAGAAGAUGGGGUUUAUUGGCCUGCGGGUGCUGGCCCUGGCUUCUGGGCCCGAUCUGGAGCAGCUGACCUUCCUGGGUCUCGUCGGACUCAUCGACCCUCCAAGGGUGGGUGUGAAAGAGGCGGUGCAGGUUCUCACCCAGUCCAGCGUGUGCGUGAAGAUGAUAACGGGGGAUGCCAUGGAGACCGCCUGUGCAAUAGCCAAGAGCAUCGGCCUGUGCACCAAGAAGACAAGCAUCAUGUCCGGGGAGGAGGUGGAGAAUAUGGAGCAGAGCCAGCUGGCUGAGCACGUCAACAAGAUAUCUGUCUUCUACAGGACCAGCCCGAAGCAUAAACUCAAAAUCAUAAAGGCUUUGCAGGAUUCGGGGGCAAUUGUGGCCAUGACGGGGGAUGGGGUGAAUGACGCAGUGGCCCUGAAGGCGGCAGACAUUGGAAUCGCCAUGGGGAAGAUGGGGACAGAUGUCAGCAAAGAGGCUGCCAACAUGAUCCUGGUGAACAAUGACUUCUCAGCCAUCAUAAGUGCAGUGGAAGAAGGCAAGGGCAUUUUCCAUAACAUCAAGAACUUCGUCCGAUUCCAGCUGAGCACGAGCAUCUCGGCCUUGGGCCUCAUCACUCUGUCCACCAUGUGCAACCUGCCCAACCCCUUCAAUGCCAUGCAGAUCCUGUGGAUCAACAUCAUCAUGGACGGGCUGCCAGCACAGAGUUUGGGGGUAGAGCCAGUGGACAAAGACGUCCUCUGGCAGCCACCGAGGAAAAUCAAGGCCAUGAUCCUCAACAGAGCCCUCAUGGUGAAGAUCCUCCUGUCAGCUUUGGUCAUCAUCAGUGGGACCUUCUUUAUCUUCUGGAAGGAGGUCUCUGAAGACAAGACCAGCACCCAGCGGACCACGACCAUGACCUUCACCUGUUUUGUGUUCUUUGACCUCUUCAAUGCCCUGACCUGCCGCUCUCAGACCAAGUUGAUAUUCCAGAUGGGCUUCUUCCAGAACCGCAUGUUCCUGUACUCGGUGCUCGGGUCGAUCCUCGGGCAGCUGGCCGUGAUUUACCUGCCACCCCUGCAGAAGGUCUUCCAGACGGAGAACCUAGGAGUGCAUGAUUUGAUGCUUUUAAUCAGCUUGACCUCAUCUGUGUUCAUUUUGUCAGAGCUCUUCAAACUAUGUGAAAAAUUAUGCUUCGCCUCCAAGAACUCCCAGAUUCACCUCGCAGAUGUGUAGUGGACCCCAACCAGUGUACGAUCCCCUAAAUAAGCUAUAUUUUUAUGUGACUGCAGCCCCUCCCCCCCUCUCCA